CUCAGACAGGCACCCAGGGGCCACUCCAGGAUUGACUGUGCCACCUGAGAGCACAGAAGAUGCAUCUUGCCGACCGCCUGCUCCUCCUUCUGGCUGGACUACUGUCCCUUUCUCAAGGUCAGCAGCAUCCUGAGCAUCACGGCCAGGGUCACAUCCACUGUCCCCAUCAGGAGGCUCCAGGCACAGGUGAGGGCUCCCCCAGCCUCAAGGUCACUGCAGGCAGUACUGCCUUUGCUCUCCGCUUCUACCACCUGAUGGCUUCCCAACCCUAUGGGAGCAACGUCUUCUCCCCGCUGAGCAUCUCCACCGCCUACGCCAUGCUCUCCCUGGGGGUCCGCUCGCACAGCCGGACCCAGAUCCUCGAGGGUCUCGGCUUCAACCUCACAGAGGUGUCAGUAUCUGACGUCCACAGGGGCUUCCAGAACCUUCUGCACACUCUCCACCUCCCGGCCGACAGGCUGGAGAUACGCGUGGGCAGCGCCCUGUUGUUGAGCCUGGAGCUGCCUCUCCUUCUGAGAUUCCUUAACGACUCCGUGACCUUCUAUGAGUCCAAACUCUUCCACACCAACUUCGACGACUCUGAGGGCACAACCCAGCUUAUCAACAACAAUGUCAGGGAGGAAUCUCGAGGGAAGAUUGUGGAUUUGAUCAGCAAGUUCAGCGCGGAUACCAUGAUGGUGCUGGUGAAUUACAUUUACUUCAAAGCUCUGUGGGAGAAACCAUCCAUCCCCUUGAUGACCACUCCCCAUGACUUCUACGUUGAUGAGGAUACAAUAGUCAAGGUACUGAUGCUGCAGGAUACCCAGCACCACUGGUAUCUUCACGACAGACACUUGCCCUGCUCGGUGCUAUGGAUGGAUUACAAAGGAAAUGCAACAGCCCUUUUCAUCCUUCCUAAUUGAGGGAAAAUGGAGCAGGUGGAAGAGGCUUUGACUCCAGAGAUGCUGACAAGGAGGAGCAACUUGCCUCGGAAGAGGUAUUUUUAAAGGAAGCUCAAGUUGUAUAUCCCCCAAUUCUCCAUUUCUGGCUCCUAUAAAUUUGAUCAGAUUUUGCCCAAGCUGGGCAUCACGGACUUGUUCUCAUAGUGGGCUGACUUGUCUGGCAUCACUGAACAGCUAAACCUGCAGGUGUCCAAGAGUUUCCACAAGGCCAUCCUGGAGGUGGAUGAGGUUGGCACCCAGACUGCAGCAGCCACCAGCGGCUUUGUCACCUUCUGGUCCCGGGACAAUCACCAAGCCCUUUGGUUUAACCGGCCCUUCCUUGUGGUGAUCUUUUCCACCAAUACCCAGAGCAUCCACUUUCCGGGAAAGGUUGUCCACCCCACGAAACCAUAGCCCUCCAGGGCUGGCUUGUCUGUUACAAGCAGGAGGACAUGGCGUGGAGGGCUGAGUGUGAGCAGCUCUGGAUUUGGAGUGGGGGUCGCCGAAGAUGCUGAGGAUGCGGGGCUGAAGCUGUUGGUGAAGCUGAGGGAUGUGGGUGGUACCAGACCGGUGUGGACUGAACACCUAACUCCUCAGGGCUGUGCCACCUCAGACAGAUCAGCUAACCUCUUUGAACAGGUUUCCAUCCCGGAAAGUGGCAGAAAUGCCCCCCCCCAGGGUAGUUGUACGGAUUAAACGAAAUGAUGGCUACGAGGAGCCUGCCUCUGCAACACGGCUCUGAGCUGGAUGGGGCGGCCUCAGGAGUCACCGACAGACGGAAGGUCCCACAGGAGGAGAUCGCUCCGCAAGACCAGCCCAGAACUAAGCACACCAAUUCCAGGCUACAGGGUCAAGGACCUGCAAGUGCUCAGCACCUAGAGCCCUCCAAGGCUCAGAGCAUUGCACACUCUCCUUGCCGCCCCCUGGUUUAAUUGGUCCGUUUCCCCCUGCACCUGCUGGGAUGUUGGAUUCUGUUUUUUAACAGCCAGGCAAGAAAUAAAGUCAAGCCCAGGCUGACGCACUCCCCAGUCUGUCCCUACAAGGGCAGGGGGUGGGUGGAUUUAAGAGUCCCAGACAAGCCUGCAAGAAGAUGCAGGACUAGGGUUACUAUGGCAAUGACACCGCUGGGGUGAUGUGUGAAAAUGAAGCCCUGGUGUGAAAAAGGGGAGAAAAGGGGGGCAGUCACUUCCCAGUUUAGCCUUGAGAGUGAUGCCUCCUUAUUUUGCUUAAGCUCAUCCCUCCCCUGCUCAAAAGGACUCAAUGGCUCCCUAUUGCCUACAGGAUAAAGUUCAAACCCCUCUAACUGCAGUCAAGGUCCUCUCUGAUCUGGUCCCUGCCUGCCUCUCCUGCCCCAGCCCCUCCUCUUGCUCUCAUGUACCCAAUGACUGCAGUCACGGAAACUCUUGUUGUCUUUCCAGGUUGCCCAUAGCUUCCCACCUUCGGGCCUCUGGUCCCCGCAGAUCCCUAUCACCUAGAAUGCUCCCUUCCCCAUCCCUGAGAGUCUACCAGGAUUUCCAACAAAUGCCUCCUCCCCUCCCUAAGGCAGACUGUCAUCCUACCAUCAAACAUGAUUGGCUGACAUUAAUCUCUGCCCCGCAUCCCGGCCAACCCUCAUCCCUCUUAGAAGGAACAUCUCAGAGGCAGGACCCUGUUCACCCUCAUUCUCUUCACUCACCCCAGUAACUGGCCUCAGCACUGAUCGUAUGGUCUGGCAUGUGGCUGAGGCCCAACCAAUAGUUGGUGAUUGAAUGAAUGAAUGAAUAAAUGAAUGGAAAAGGCUGUGCCCUGAGCAAGGUCCUUGAGCUAUUUGUUCUGCAUCACCACCCCCUGACA